AAUGAGUCAAAUCUAAUGAAUGUGCAUGAUAACAGGUAUAACCCGGAGAAUCUGUCCACGCUGGAGCGGUAUGUGGACACUCAGGCCAGAGAAAACACCUACGACCUGGAGGCCAACCUGGGCGUGCUCAAACUGUACCAGUUCAACCCGGCGUACUUCCAGACCACCGUCACGGCUCAGAUCCUGCUCAAAGCCCUCACCAACCUGCCGCACACAGACUUCACGCUCUGCAAGUGUAUGAUCGACCAGACCCACCAGCAGGAGGAGCGUCCGAUAAGACAGAUCCUGUAUCUGGGGAACCUGCUGGAGACGUGCCACUUCCAGAGCUUCUGGGCCAGUCUGGAGGAGAAUCGAGAUCUCAUUGAUGGAAUCACAGGAUUUGAGGACUCAGUGCGGAAAUUCAUCUGUCACGUCGUGGGAAUCACGUAUCAGAACAUCGAGUACCGGCUGCUGGCUGAGAUGCUGGGAGAUCCUCUGGGUGAGACACUGUCCUCCACACACACACUCUCACACACACACACACACACACACACACUCAC